AGUUUCCCUCCAGCCCCGAGCGGGGAGCAGCUCUCAGUACUGAGUGAGGCACCGAGCACUUGAGCUAUUUCAGCCACAUGCAAAGCGUCGGAAUUGAGAUCACAGCUCACAGGACACCGGGCGUCCCUUCCACCUUCUGAGGAGCCUUGUAUUCUUGCACCUGGCUGCCUGGGACUUUCCUUAGGCAGUAAACAAAUACAUAGAGCAGGGAUAAGACCCCGUGAAUAUGUCAAAACAGCCGGUUUCCAAUGUCAGAGCCAUCCAGGCAAAUAUCAACAUCCCAAUGGGAGCCUUUCGGCCGGGAGCUGGGCAACCCCCCAGAAGAAAAGAGUGUACUCCGGAAGUGGAGGAGGGUGUUCCUCCCACCUCGGACGAGGAGAAGAAGCCAAUGCCAGGAGCGAAGAAACUUCUGGGACCUGCGGUCAACCUUUCAGAGAUCCAGAAUAUUAAAAGUGAACUGAAGUAUGUCCCCAAAGCUGAGCAGUAGUUGGAAGAAGGGAGGCUUGAUGUGAAGAACUGAAGAGAAAGAGAAUGGAUUCAAAUGAAAAAGGCUCUUGAAAAAAUUUUAUAUAUUUGUCUGAAGAUUAUGAACCUCCCGAAUGCCUGAGACUCCAGCAGAAAUGUCUUCUUCGUACAUUUCUAUCUCUGCCUUCUAGUUGGCGACGCUUCUUACUUUAUCUUCAUGUAUGGCACCUUGCAAAGCAAAUCAGCUCAAGAAUUCACCAACUGGAAGGUGUGCUUUUGAGGAGGAAAAGGAUUUUACAGAGAGGGAUCGGGCAAUGCAUAACAAUGAUUUUGAUAGGAAGUUCUCUACUUCACACACUAUUUUGAUCAAUAUUUGGAAUGUAUUUUAGUUCUUCACAUCCUAAAUUAUAUCAAUAAACUUUUUAUGAGUUCA